UACCCCCAGUACCUCCGCAGGCGGAAGAAGCUGCGGUUCCACCCCCGGCAGCUCUACAUCUCUGUCAAGCAAGGAGAACUGCAGAAAGUUGUCCUCAUGCUGCUGGACAACCUGGAUCCCAACUUUCAGAGCGAUGCUCAGAGCAAGCGCACCCCCCUGCACGCGGCAGCGCAGAAGGGGUACCUCGAAAUCUGCCACCUCCUGCUGCAGGCGGGCGCCAACAUCAACGCGACGGACAAGCUGCGCCGGACGCCGCUGAUGGAGGCGGUGGCCAACAACCACGUGGAGGCGGCGCGGUACAUGGUGCGGCGGGGCGGCUGCGUCUACAGCAAGGAGGAGGACGGCUCCACCUGCCUCCACCAUGCCGCCAAGAACGGCAACCUGGAGAUGGUCGACCUGCUGCUCUCCACCGGGCAGGUGGACGUCAACGCCCAGGACAAUGGGGGUUGGACCCCCAUCAUCUGGGCGGCUGAGCACAAGCACAUCGAGGUCAUUCGCCGGCUGCUGACGCGUGGCGCUGAUGUCACUCUCACCGACAACGAGGAGAACAUCUGCCUGCACUGGGCCUCCUUCACGGGCAGUGCGGAGAUCGCCGAGGUGCUGCUGAACGCCCAGUGCGACCUGCACGCCGUCAACUUCCACGGGGACACCCCCCUCCACAUCGCCGCCCGCGAGAGCUACCACGACUGCGUCAUGUAA